UUUAAUGACUGAUAUUGAUGUAUGGUAAUUUCUUAGCUGGAUCACAUGACACAAUUACCUCAGGAAUCGAUCAAGAUGUAUUGCAGGUCUGCCUGCGUUUCCGAGUUUUCCUCUCUGUCGGGGUCUCUUCGCACACCCGCGGUGCUACAGAUGGACAAAGUUUAACGCGGCCGCGCCGCCAACUCCGUCCCUCUGUUGCAUGGAGGAAAAAGGAAGAAGAAAAAUGACGGAAUUCGACGAUCGCAGCUGUGCGUCAAAUAUGUUUUUGCCCAGCUGCACUUAUUAUGUUUCGACGCCUGAUUUCACCUCAGUCUCCUCCUUUCUACCGCAGACUACUUCGUGUCAGAUAAAUUUCCCCUAUUCGCCAAAUAUAGCCCAAGUCCAACCUGUUCGAGAGGUCGCGUUCAGGGAUUAUGGACUGGACCAUCCCAAAUGGCACUACAGGGGCAAUUACGCGUCUUACUACUCAACGGACGAGAUAAUGCACCGGGAACUGAUUCAGUCGUCGAGCGGCAGGGCGGAUGUGAUAUUUAAAAACGAGCCCCUGUACGGUCACCACGGGGGAACCAGCGCGCAGUGCAAUUUCUUCGCGGGAGUGGGCCGAAACGGUGUUCUUCCCCAGGGUUUCGACCAGUUCUUUGAUUCUCCUAACACGGAGCACCCCAAACAAAAGGCUGCAGAGACUGCUGCCCACGACCAUCAUGACGAUGCUGAUGCCACGAACAUCAGCCAGGCUGUAACCAAACUGGAGCAACAAAACGCAGAACCUCCCGGGAGCGUCGACGAGGACUCAUCUUCCAACUGCGGCGACAAGAGCAGCCGCCAGAGUUCAUCAACCAAGUCCAGGAAGAAGAGGUGUCCGUACUCCAAAUACCAAAUCCGAGAACUUGAACGAGAGUUUUUCUUCAACGUUUACAUUAACAAGGAGAAACGCCUCCAGCUGUCCAGAAUGUUAAAUCUGACUGAUCGCCAGGUGAAGAUUUGGUUUCAGAACAGGAGAAUGAAGGAGAAAAAACUCAACCGCGACCGCCUACAGUAUUUUACUGGAAACCCUUUAUUCUGAUAUCUGAGGCUUGCUUUAGCAUCCAAAGACACACAGACUGAACUGAACAAGCUUCUCGGUACUAUAUAAGAACUGCAAGCUAAUUUGCCACAUAUUUUAGAUAAUUGGUACAUUUAUUUUAAGCUGUUCAUCCAUUUAUUGGCUUCACUCUGGCAAUUAAGUCAAUCAGAAUAUUUUCAUUGUUAUUUUGAAAUUAUAUUAAAUAUAUUCCUCCUUCUUUUCUUUUGUAGAUAUAUUUGUAACCUGCAUGUAUUAGAUGUUGUGUAUUGUCAAAUAAUAAGCAGAGCAAACUAUUCUCUUUUACAAAAAUACUCGCGUGCGGCUCAAACAACAAAAGAAGAAGAAGAAGAAAAAGAAGAAGAAGAAGAGCGAUUUUGUGUUAUAUUUUGAGGGGCUUGGUGUUCCCCACGAAACAUGAAGGAGCGCUAUUUCAGUUUGGUGCUAGAAGUCUUGUAUGAUCCCGUUGUUUCCUCUGCUUUGAAAAACUGAAUUGUUUGCUAAACCUUGAACCGUCUAGACAGCAUAAUAAAAAGUAGCUGUAAAGAUCUAAAUAAGGGGCUAUUGGACUGUGGUGUUUCAGCCCCCCAGACCACAUGAGGAAAAGAUCUUCCUUCCGGUCUUAAAGAGCUUUUCCUCCGCAUCCAAGCGCAUUUCUAUAGGGUUUCCACCAGAUUCAGAUUUUGUUAAAAUUUGUUUUGUUUCCAAGGAUGUUUUUUGUUGUUGUUGUUCUUAUCGAUCUUGUUGUUGUUUUAUUAUGUCACUGACUUCUGGCAUCACCCGCAAAGGACUGGAAAACUGCAGAAGAAAGAGAUUUGUCACGUUUUACCUUAUUUUCGAGUUUGCUUGAAUGUGCGGAAAACGUGUGGAGCAGCUUCGCUUUAUAACGCAGUUUUGCAAAAAAAUAAAAAUAAAAAAAACAGUCUCGACUGCAACAAGUCUGUUUACAGAAACCUGUUCAUAACACUUGCAAUGCAGAAUAAUAAUUAAUAUAGUCUCACUGUAUGUUUGAGCUGCAUUUAAGUCAAGAACGAGCAGGAAUUAAUGUCAAAAUUAUUUCUGAUUCCUUUUUCCAUGCACUCUAAUUUCCCUGGGUCGUGAUUUUAUUCUGGCAUGAAAAAUGGAUCACCAACUGCGUGGUGUGUGUUUUUUUUACAUUCACAUUGUAUCCACAUGAGGGCAGACUUUCAUAUUCAGUUGAAUGGAAAUGCAGACUCGGGCAAAUUUAAUAUGUAUCCAACAUGGAAACCGAGGUGGAACAAUCUGUUCUGCCCAGGGAUUACUGAGAUUUUAUUUUAAGCAGUUCCUUCAGCUAAAUAAUCUAUUAGGCUUUUCACAAUCUCUUUCCUUUUAGCCUUCCAGGCACACCCAUACAGACACUUGUAAAAGUACCAAUAAAUGAAAAAGGAAAAAAAUAA